GCUUCAUAUGCGCAUUCAUGGCGCAAUACCGAUCAGUCUCCAUUGUAAACAUGGAGUUUAAACUACUGUUCUUUGUUUUACUUAUUGCCGCAACAGCAUGUGCUGAACCAAAAAGCUAUGAAGGCUAUAAAGUUUACAAAGUAAUUCCCAAAACAGCUGAUGAAGUGGAAAGUCUGCUCAAAGUGAAAAUAAGUGGUGUAUCCGAGUUUUGGGAUGAGAGUGUUGAUGUAAACCAAAAUGUGAAGAUAACGGUAUCGCCAGCACAUGAAGCGGAGUUUAUUGAAAUUCUAGAAAGAAAUAAUAUUGAAGCGACGCUAGUAAUUGAUGAUGUGCAAAGAGCCAUCGAUGACCAGGUAACUCCUGUCUCCAGGCGUAAAGGAAGCGGUAGCAGCGGUGGUAGACCCAGCGGUGGUAGUAGUGUAAGUAGUCGACCAGGGUCUACCGGUAGCAGCAGCAGUGGUAAAGGAACCACCGGCAGCAAUGGCUUUUUAACCUAUUACGCGUAUACAUCUGCAAGUCGUCGUCGUCGUAACAGAAGAACGUAUCAACGUAAUGCCGAUAUUUUAUUCUCAUUCACAUGGGACAGAUAUCACACAUUAGAUACAAUAUAUUCCUGGCUUGAUGAGUUAGCAGAAGCUUUUCCAAAUAUUGUUAAAACUGUAGUCAUGCCAGGUCAAAGCGUAGAAGGCAGAGAGAUCAAAGGAAUCAUCAUUGACUACCACCCAGAGAGAACGGACAAGAAAAUUGGUAUGUUUGAGGGUGGGCUUCAUGCUAGGGAGUGGAUAUCACCAGCAACUGUUACAUGGAUAAUCAAAGAGUUUUUGGCGAGCGAUGAUCCUGAAGUUGUAGCAUUGGCUACCAGUUUUGAAUGGCAUAUCUUCCCUGUUGUCAAUCCUGAUGGAUACUCUUAUACCUUCACAGACCGAAGAAUGUGGAGAAAGAAUCGCAGUAAGGCUAAUUUCACGUCGUGUGUGGCGUCCGGUGUUGAAGAUGACCUGAGCAAUGGCGUCGAUCUCAAUAGAAACUUCGAUUUUGAAUGGAACACGGCGGGAACAUCAGAGGAUCCCUGUUCCAAUCUUUUCCCAGGGCCAUCACCAGCAUCAGAGCCUGAGACUCAAGCCAUACAACAAUAUGUCCUGAAUCUAAGGCAGCAAGGAGAGAUAAUUUACUAUAUUGCAUUCCAUUCCUACACUCAGUUGAUCAUCGUUCCGUACAGUCAUCUGAAUUCAAACUUGGUGCUGCAGAUUCCAGAUUUUGCUGACAUGUUCGAAAUAGCUGUGAGAGCGGGUGACGCAUUAGCAAGCAGGAACGGCACUACAUACAGAGUUGGUCUUUCAGCGGACGUUAUGUACUUGAUGAGCGGUACGAGUUUCGACUGGGUUAAGAGCACCGGCGUUCCAGUAUCUUACCUAAUCGAACUUCGAGACGUGGGCGAAUAUGGUUUCCUGUUACCGGCAGAACAAAUCAUCCCGAACAAUCUAGAAAUUAUGGAUGCUUUGGUUGAGAUGGACAGAGCGACAAGAGAUCUAAAUAUUUACACACGGGAAUCGUCUGCGGGGAAUGUUGUGACGUCAAUGCUUUUGGUAGCAUUUGGUGUACUCAUAACUGUGGCUUAUUGGAGUUAUAGAAUGGUUUUCAAAGUAAUAGCCCUUUUGGGGCUCUUAGCUGUAGCAAAUGCCAUGGUGAGCUAUGAAAACUACAAAGUUUACAAUAUUGUGCCGAAGUCAGAAGCUGAAGUGCAAAUACUUAAUGAUCUGAAGAAAGAUGGUUAUGAAUUCUGGACGGAGAUAUUUGAAGUUGGCAGCGAAGUGAGAAUUAUGGUGCCUCCUGUUGAAGAUGAGGAGUUUUUGAAUUACGUCAAAAGUGUAAAUCUUGAUGCGAAGGUCAGCAUUGCUAAUGUUCAAGAGUUGAUAGACGCUCAACUGAAGACCGCAAUUCCCAAUGCUAAUUCCCGUAGCAGUACACUGGGUGGCAUGUCUUGGGAUAGAUAUUACGGCUUGGAAAACAUCUACAACUGGUUAGAUGAGCUAGAAACUCUUUACCCUAAUGUGGUCACUACAAUCAAUAUUGGGAACACUUUCGAAGGCCGUCAGAUUAGAGGCAUAGUGAUUGACUUAAAGCCCGGUCAGAGGGACGAAAGACCUUUGAUAGCGAUGAUUGAAGCAGGCAUUCAUGCCAGAGAAUGGAUCUCACCCGCCACCGCUACAUGGAUCAUCAAAGAAUUUCUGACAAGUGAUGACCCUGCAAUAAGGAGCAUGGCGGAGACAUUCGUGUGGCAUAUUAUUCCCGUUGCUAACCCUGAUGGAUAUGCUUAUACUUUUACAAAUGAUCGAAUGUGGAGGAAAAACAGAAAUACCGCCAAUCACGUCAUGUGUGGAACUAAUGCCGAUGCUGGUAAUGGUAUUGACUUGAACAGGAACUUUAACUUCCAAUGGAUGGUCACUGGAGCCUCAGCUAACCCGUGUGAUCAGACUUACGCCGGCCCCUCCGCGGCUUCCGAGCUCGAGACCCAAGCAAUCUCCAACUACGUCCUCACACUGCAGCGGACUGGCGAGCUCAUCUACUAUCUGGACUUCCACUCAUACUCGCAAAUGAUCCUAGUACCGUACAGCCACGUGAGCGGCAUCGACGUACUGCAGGCACCUAACUACGGUGAUAUGUUUGAAGUUGCUAUCCGCGCUGCGGAGAAGUUAGAGGCCAGGCAUGGAACGCGCUAUACAGUCGGCACAUCCCAAGAAAUUUUAUAUGCUGUGACUGGUUCAAGUUUUGACUGGGUAAAGGGAGUCGUGGGCGUGCCGAUUGUGUACCUCUUCGAAUUAAGAGACGUCGGCCUAUACGGGUUCCUAUUGCCCCCAGAAGACAUUAUCCCCAAUAAUGAGGAAAUCAUGGACUCGCUUAUAGAACUGGAUAGGGUGACCAGACAGUUGGGAUACUAUUCUGGCGCAGGGAUUGUUUUCAGUUCUGUCGUGUCGUUGGUUAUUUCUGCGUGCAUGUUGGUACUGCUCCAAUAAUAUAGUCAAGCAAUACGUUGACAUAUAAUUCAGUAAAUAUUGAUUUAUAAGAGCAAGCAGGUAUAUCCGAUAUAUAUAUAUAUCGGAGCUGGUAAGCUGGUGCUCCAUAAUAUAUCAACAUGCACUUAAAUGCCCUGAUAAUUAUAGAGACUUUGUUUAGAUACAUAUUUGUCAACACUUUCGCCGCUCGAUAUAUAUGAUGGAAUCAAUGUACAAAUUGCAUGCUUGCUCCUCUAGAUUGAGUUACGUAAAUUUGUAUUUUUAAUAAUAUAAUUUAUGUUUUUAAUAACUCAUAAAUUGGCUUGUAUUAUUAAUCUAACAUAAUAGAUAUAAUUACUAAAUCUAUUAUGUUAUAUUUCAUUUUCUAAUAACAUCUUCAUCAUCAUACCUGCUAGAACAAAAAAAUAUGAGCUACUAACGUUAAUAAAAGGUCAAGGUUAUUAUUAUGAUCAAACUUGCAUUUUUAUUAAAAUGUAUACCCCACAAA